UUGCCAAUAAGUUUCGCACCAAAUUUUCCAAUAAACUUUGCAUAUUAUAUUAUAAUUUGGGAUCAAUUACGCAGAGAGAAAGAAACAGAAAAUGGGGACGAGGACGAACUUCUACAAGAAUCCUUCUUUCACAUACAACAAAGACUUCAGUCUCAAUUCUGUUCUUCAGAAUCUCCGAGCUUAUAACGUCGCAACCGGAAACCCUCCUCCGACCGAAGAACUAGUCGCCGGCGACGACAAAACCGUGCCCCGCAAGCGCCACCGCGAAAAGAGGCCUCCGUCGGAUCGAAACAAUGAAAUCAAGGAGAGUGAUGAAUCAAUGUCUCACCAGGAUUACAUUCUAAAGAGAAGGAAGGAAGUCAAUUCUUCUCAGGUUUAUCAGGAACUAACUGCAGAUGUGUUGGAAAAUUCUUGUCCAACCAUAAGUUUGGUGAAGUAUGAUAGUGACAGUAGUUCCUCAGAAUGUGAAAAGAAGCUGGAUCCUCCUAAUUCUGGUAAUUUGGAUGAAGUUGAUCGUGUGAAGAACAGAAGUGAGCAGCGUUUUGCUGUUCCAGGAGAACCUGUUUGUGUGAUAUGUGGGAAAUAUGGAGAAUAUAUUUGUGAUGAGACUGAUGAUGAUAUCUGCAGCAUGGAUUGCAAAGCUGAGCUUUUGGAGAACCUCAAACUUUCUGAGCGGCAUGUAAGCAACCAAAGACAAGAUGAAUACUUAAUUCGACCUAAUUCUUCACAGUUGAUUGAAUUUGGAGGAGACACCUGGGAUAAUAACCGUCUGCGUUGGUCCAAGAAGAGAUCCAGCCUCUGUACUUACGAAUGUUGGAAAUGUCAGAGACCUGGGCAUCUUGCUGAAGAUUGUUUGGUGGUGACAUCCAAUUCUCUUUGUUCAGUUGAACCAUGUAACCAGGUGGCAAUAGGUCAAAAAAAGUCCACUUCCAUUUCCAGAGACCUUCAAGAACUAUACAAAAGAUGCCACCAAAUAGGCAGAAACUUGUCAGCUGCAAAGUGUAACACAUGCUCUAGGACAUCGACUUUGGCCACAUGCCUUGGUUGUAGUGCUACCUUUUGUGACAGUGCAGGUCAUUUGAGUGAGCACAUCAGGGCACACCCCUCCCACGGACAAUAUUACUCCUAUAAGCUCAAGCGUUUGGUCAAGUGCUGUAAAUCAACAUGCAAGGUGACAGAUGUCAAGGAUCUUUUAGCUUGUCACUACUGUUUUGAUAAAGCUUUUGAAAAGUUCUAUGACAUGUACACUGCAGCUUGGAAAGGUGCUGGACUUUCAAUUAUCUGGGGUUCUGUUUGCUGUGAAGAUCAUUUUGAAUGGCACAGGAUGAAUUGUUUGAAUGCUGGUGUAGAAGACAAGGCAUAUGUUGUCAGCAAGAAUGCUCAUGCCCGGAAUGAAAAGCAUGGUCAGUUGAGUGACUUCAUUUUCUGAUAUGGGAACAUGGAGGUAAGCAACCUACCUAAGAAUCUCAAGAGUGUUGCCGACAUAUGCGCUUGCAUAGUGAUUGGGUUAUAUUGAUGAAAGAAUCUCAUGAGUUCACCGGCUACUGCAUUCAAGGGAAGUGGUGCCUGCAAACUAGACACGUUCGGCUGAAGUGCAUACACAGUUAGAAUUUGGUACUUAGAACCUUUCAAAUUAGAUUCUUUGAUAGUGUUUAAGAAAAGGAGUCGAGAUGUACUAGAUAAAACCUCCAUAACUUGGAUUAGUUCCCUCUGUUGUGUGGAUUGCCCUCUCUUCCAUGAACUAGACAAAAGUUCAUUGUAAAACUUAGCAAGAGCUCUUCACUAUGGUAACUUCCAUUCAAAAGUGAUUAUAAAGAAUUUAUUUACUCCUCGGAUUGUGAAAA